AUGACGACGCGCGGCGCCCCCGGCGCGUCCUUUUCCGAGGGCGAGCCCCCCGCGCUCAUCUCAACCACCCCGGAGUGGGACGCUCUGAAGCGGCACAAGGAAGAGAUCAUCGACGGGACGCACCUUCGCGAGCUCCUGAACGACGAGGAGAGGAACGAAGCGCUGACCGCGGAGUACAACGGCGUGUACUGCGACUUCGCGCGCCAGCGCGUCGUGCCCGAGACGAUGGAGAAGCUCUACGACCUCGCCAACGCGGCGGGGCUCAAGGACAAGAUCAACGCGAUGUUCGAGGGCGAACACAUCAACUCCACGGAGGACCGCGCGGUGCUCCACGUCGCCACGCGCGCGCCGCGCGACAAAGUCAUCAACGUCGACGGCAAAAACGUCGUCCCGCAAGUCUGGGACGUCCUCGACAAGAUCAAGGACUUCACGGACAAGGUGCGCGACGGCGAGUGGGUCGGCGCGACGGGCAAGCCGCUGACCUCCGUCGUCGCCGUCGGCAUCGGCGGCUCCUUCCUCGGCCCGCUCUUCGUGCACACGUCGCUUCGCACGUGCCCGGAAGCUGCGGAGGGCGCGCGGGGGAGGCAGCUGCGGUUUCUCGCGAACGUGGACCCGGUCGACGUCGCGCGAUCGCUGAACGGGCUGGACCCGGAGACGACGUUGGUGGUCGUGGUCUCCAAGACGUUCACCACGGCUGAGGCGCGUUCUAUCUCACGCCGGUCCCCAUACGGCCGCGGCGGCACGAUGCUCAACGCGCGCACCGUGAGGACGUGGAUCACCGCGUCUCUCGGGAAGGAAGCCGUGAAGAAGCACAUGGUCGCCGUCUCCACGAACCUCAAGCUCGUGUCCGAGUUCGGCAUAGACCCUGACAACGCGUUCGGGUUCUGGGACUGGGUCGGCGGUCGAUACUCCGUGUGCUCCGCCGUCGGCAUGCUCCCUCUGUCGCUUCAAUACGGCUUCGACACGAUGGAAAAAUUCCUCGAGGGCGCGUGGAACAUCGACGAGCACUUCGCCACCGCGCCCUUCGAGAAGAACCUCCCCGUCACCCUCGGCAUGCUGUCCGUGUGGAACGUCUCCUUCCUCGGGUGCUCCGCGCGCGCGAUCCUCCCGUACACGCAAGCGCUCGCGAAGCUCGCGCCGCACAUCCAGCAGGUUGCGAUGGAGAGCAACGGCAAGGGCGUCUCCAUCGACGGCAGGCGCGUCCCACGCACUGGUCCCCAUACGGCCCCACCGCUGCCGUACGACACCGGCGAGAUCGACUUUGGCGAGCCCGGGACGAACGGGCAGCACUCGUUCUACCAGCUCAUUCACCAGGGCCGGACGAUCCCGUGCGAUUUCAUCGGGAUCAUCAAGUCGCAGCAGAGCGUCUACCUCAAGGGCGAGAUCGUGUCCAACCACGACGAGCUCAUGUGCAACUUUUUCGCGCAAGCCGACGCGCUCGCCGUGGGCAAGACUGACGUCGAACUCCGCUCGGAGAACGUCCCGACGUUUCUCAUCCCGCACAAGACGUUCACGGGUAACCGACCGAGCCUCUCGAUCAUGCUUCCGGCGUUGAACGCGUACAGCACCGGUCAACUUCUGGCCAUCUACGAACACAGAGUCGCCGUGCAAGGAUUCGUGUGGGGUUUGAACUCGUUCGAUCAGUGGGGCGUCGAGCUCGGAAAAGUGCUCGCGUCCAAGGUUCGCGUGUCGAUGUCGCAGAAGCGGACGACCGGGGAGUUGGAAGGGUCGAGCGACGGGUUCAACUCGAGCACGACCGCGAUGUUGAACCGGUACUUGAAAGGGAAGGCGCAGCUUAAGUACGCGGAGGCGGAGGACGUCUUCCCGUGCGAUCUCAUCGACAGCGACGAGUGCCGGCCGCCGACGUCCUACGUCUGA